AUGGGCGCAGCAUCACCUUCUGAACUAACCCUUGAGUGCAAGCCUCACAGCUAUUCCAUGCUCCUCAAAUCAUUUGGCGACCAUCAUCACCAGGCUGCGUCAACAACACAGAAUCAUGACCUGAAGCAGCUAGAAGAGAUCCUCUCUCGUCUUGAAGAAGAGCGUCUCAAGAUCGAUGCCUUCAAGCGCGAGCUUCCUCUCUCCAUGCAGCUCCUCACUACCGCUGUGGAGGCAUCAAGGCAGCAGCUACAAGCUUACAGAUCAUCGUCGGCAAAUAACCAAGGGCCAAUCAGGCCUGUACUUGAAGAGUUCAUCCCUCUUAAACAUUCAAACUCUGAAGGCCCAGAGAAACAAACAAAUAGUUCUGAUAAGGCAAACUGGAUGACCUCUGUCCAACUAUGGAGCCAAGCUGAUGCAACCAAACCAAAAGAACAAGGUGAUAUGGGGUUCAAUGUCAGCCCCAAGCUAGCCCUAGACACCAAGCAGCAAAGAUCUUAUGGAGGAGGAGCCUUCCAUCCAUUUUCCAAAGAUAUUCGCAACUCCGGUCCGUCACCGAAUCUGCAACCUCUUCCGGAGUUGGCUCUCGGCUCCCCGGAGAACAACACCGGCCAGAAUAUGGAUCAGGACAAGAAGUGCUCCGAGUUAGGUGAGAAUGGUAUUAACUUAGGUGUGGUUAGUACUACUCAAGAUCAACAAGGCAAGACUACUGAAGGCCAAACAAGUACUAUCACCACCACCAACACCAACACAAGUACUCAAAACAGUAGUCACAGGAAGGCAAGGCGGUGCUGGUCGCCGGACUUGCACCGGAGAUUCGUUAGCGCCCUUCAAAUGCUUGGUGGUUCUCAAGUGGCCACACCAAAACAAAUCAGGGAGCUCAUGAAGGUUGACGGUUUGACCAAUGAUGAAGUUAAAAGUCAUCUGCAGAAGUACAGGCUCCAUACUAGACGGCCCAGCCCAAGCCCACAGGCAGCCGGAGGCCCAACGCCGCAGCUGGUGGUCCUAGGUGGCAUCUGGGUUCCACCGGAGUAUGCCACGGGAGGUCACAAUGGGCCCACGGCCCUCUACAGCCCAGCCUCCCACGCUCCUACACACUACUGUGCAACCCCAAUGCCACAAGACUUCUACACCACGGCACAGCAGCCACCACAGUCAGGUCACCACCAGCUGCACCACCACACGCUCCACCACCAGCUCCACGUGUACAGAGCCGGCACAACAUCCCGAACCCAAAGCUCGCCGGAGUCGGACCUGAGAGGAAAUGGUGACCGGUCCGAGAGUAUUGAAGAUGGAAAGUCUGAGAGUGGGAGCUGGAAGGCUGGGACUGAGAGCGGUGAGAAAGGCAUGGCUUCCCGGAGAUCCGAAGACCGUGAGGAAAGCAAUGGAAGUCAGAUCACACUCAAGUUCUGA